AUGAUCGAAAGGGUGCAAAUAGGUUAUGAUCGAAAGGGUGCAAAUGGUCGUGAUCGAAAGGGUGCAAAUGGUCGUGACCGAAAGGCUGCGAAUGGUCGUGACCGAAAGGCUGCGAAUGGUCGUGACCGGAAGGCUGCGAAUGGUCGUGACCGGAAGGCUGCGAAUGGUCGUGACCGGAAGGCUGCGAAUGGUCGUGACCGGAAGGCUGCGAAUGGUCGUGACCGGAAGGCUGCGAAUGGUCGUGACCGGAAGGCUGCGAAUGGUCGUGACCGGAAGGCUGCGAAUGGUCGUGACCGGAAGGCUGCGAAUGGUCGUGACCGGAAGGCUGCGAAUGGUCGUGACCGGAAGGCUGCGAAUGGUCGUGACCGGAAGGCUGCGAAUGGUCGUGACCGGAAGGCUGCGAAUGGUCGUGACCGGAAGGCUGCGAAUGGUCGUGACCGGAAGGCUGCGAAUGGUCGUGACCGGAAGGCUGCGAAUGGUCGUGACCGGAAGGCUGCGAAUGGUCGUGACCGGAAGGCUGCGAAUGGUCGUGACCGGAAGGCUGCGAAUGGUCGUGACCGGAAGGCUGCGAAUGGUCGUGACCGGAAGGCUGCGAAUGGUCGUGACCGGAAGGCUGCGAAUGGUCGUGACCGGAAGGCUGCGAAUGGUCGUGACCGGAAGGCUGCGAAUGGUCGUGACCGGAAGGCUGCGAAUGGUCGUGACCGGAAGGCUGCGAAUGGUCGUGACCGGAAGGCUGCGAAUGGUCGUGACCGGAAGGCUGCGAAUGGUCGUGACCGAAAGGUUGCGAAUGGAUCGUGA